AUGAUUACUGUAGUAAAUAUGAGCGCUCUAAAGCCAACCUUUUAUCAGAGUUUUUGGGAUCAAAGACAAUGGUAAGUUCUGAGUGUAAAAUAAUAUAUAUAGUAUACUGUAAAGCUUAAAGACUGCAAACCACUAUACUGCCCACAGAAAUUAUUGACCAUACCUCUAACGUGACAAUGGGUAAACCGACCUGGACCAAAUUUGACAUACAUGUUCUUAGUUUACUGGAACUCAUUGCCACGUUAGCGGGGUGGUCCAUAGUUUCUGCGGGCAGUAUAUAAGUUACUGUACGAUGUACUGUAAAUUUUUAUGAGGUACUGCAAGGUAAUUUAAAAAAGAAAGUAAGUGCUUUGACCACAACUUGUAGGUCUCAACAUCGCACAUGGGACGACAUACCAACAUCUCCGUACGAUCUAUGCCUAGCCUUUUUACUAUCACCUCUACUAUUCAUACUUCGUAUUUUGUACGAAGCCAUAGUAGGUGGUUAUAUAACCAAAAAGAUGCACAACGAAUGCUACAGCAGAGUAAUAUACCUUCAACUAUCAGGUGAAUUCAUUGACAAUGACUAUCUACCUCAUCUACUGUCUUGCUUCUACCGUCUUACAUCGUACAUAGCCCUUACUGUAUAUGGUUUUACAGUACUUUUUGACAAACCAUGGGCUACUGAUGUCAAAUACGCCUUUAUUGACUACCCCUUUCAUCCACUUGAUACAACAUUAUCAUGGUAUUUUACUGUGCAAUGUGCUUUCUACAUGUCAUCCAUGUAUAUGAUGGUAUUUGACAUACAGUGCAUAGAUACAUAUAGAAUUUCAAUGAUGAACUUAACUACACUGAUUGGAAUCAUACUGAGCUAUUCGAUCAACAUACUCAGGUGUGGCACUCUGAUGCUGUUCUUGCAUGAUUUGAAUAACAGCUUGAUGGAAAUGAGCUGGAUAUUAAAGUUCUGGGGCAAGCAUCAGAAUGCGUGCAAAGCCAUGCUUAUCGUCUUCUUUGUGUCGUAAGUUGACUAAAAUUGUUUAUAUAUAGCUAAGAAAGGUCUGAUAAAAUUAAAAAUUAAUAUUUUGAAAAAAAUUUAAAUUUUCAAUUUUCAAAAUUUUUUUUCUUUUUUUGAACGUGGUCCCCCCUGUGGCUUAUUGUUAGAAAAAUGUGUUUUUUGCUAUAACUUUUUAUAAAACUGACAAAAUAAUAGAAAAAUAAUUUUUAGGGUCUUUUUAGACUGACACAAAUGUAAAAAAAAAAUUUUUGAACGUAGUCCCCCCUGUGCCUUACUAUUAGGAAAAAAUUUUUUUGUCAUAACUUUUUGUAGAAUUAAGCAUAUGGUAAAAAAAUAGUUUACAGUGCUUUUUUAGACAUAUAUAAACGUAAAAACUACAAGUUUAAAAAAUUUUAAAUUUAAAAAAUUUUGUUUGAACUUGGUCCCCCCUAUGGCUUAGAAAAAUAGUCAGCAAAAACUCAUUUCAAACUUUAAAAAUAUGAAUUCCGCCUCAAGUGCGAUCCAAAAAUAUUCUUCAUUUAUCGUAUUUCAGCUGGGUAGCCACUCGUCUAAUAUGUUUCCCAUUAUUCGUCGGCUACACCAUCUUAUCCAUGAUACCAGCGCUUUCACAAACACAAUAUCAACUAUGGAACCCUUUCCAACAACCAUACGCUCCCAGACUGAUAUUAGCCAUGUUGGCUGGUCUUAUGUUCGUUCAUGUUUACUGGACAUUUUACAUUUUCAAGGUGGUUUUCAAGGCUUACAAUAAAAGCGCCGAAUCUGAUGCACGGUGGCUGUUCGUGGCUUCUGAUUUCGACGAAAGCGAAGAGAGCAGCAAAACAAAAUAA